UGCCAUGUAGAUCUUCCGAAGCACAGCCUCGGCCUUAUUAGCUGCUGCUAGUUGUGCAGGACGACAGGCGCUUGGCGACCCUAUUCCCCGCCGUCGGGGAGUCUGUUGAUGCCAUCCUCGUCAGAUGUUGCACAGAGUGGCAGCAGAGGAGCUGGAUAGGCUGUGUUUAUUGUUCAAGGAGUGGAGGAGCCCAUGCAGCAGCAUCUGUCCAAUAAGGGGAACAAACCUGUUGAGAAUUACGACAUCCUCCCCUCCUUAUGCGGUCUGAUGACAUAUUUUUUUUAAUCAGGGGACAGCAUGCUUCAUGGGAGCUCAAUAUAUAAAUAAAUAGUUUAAAUUAAUUGUGUUUUCUUAAGUGGCCAUUUAAGAUGCAAUUUGGACUGCAUAUUUGUUUUCAUGAGCAUAUGCUGUGCUGGUGUCAAAUAAAGAAAAAGUAAUAAUUAUGAUGAUAAAAAAAGUGCUGUUGCCUUUUUAGAGAUGAAGAAUUUAAUAAUAAUAAUAAUAAUGUUUAUAAUUUAAUUCUAAUAAAAUUCACUCUGUUUCUCGUAACAUUAUGAAUAUAAUUUCCUGGUCUUCAUUCAAAUAAAAUGGCAACAUUUACAGAGCUUAUUAGACUAUUUAAGACGUGUGAAAUGAACAGUGACUGAUUGGUGAUCGCUAAUAUUUCCAUUAGAAUAUUGAUACUCAUAACGACACACAACGUAAAUAUGUAUUGAUUUUGAUUCUGCCAAUUUAAGCCUGGAACAUCUCUUAUAUCUCUCAACCUUCUCCGUACUAGCUACUUGAUACCUGCUUCUUUAGCACCACUAGAAGGUUGACCUCAUACACCCACCCACAUUGGACUGACUAAUACAUCAUUUUCCAGCACUCCCAGCAUGUCUGCUUAAGCACUGUUGAAUGAUGCACGAGGAUAUGAAUCACGACUGGAUUAAGGUCAAUGCAACAGUGAUAUUUAUUGAUUAAACAGAGGUCCAUGAGAUUGUUUUGUAGAAAUAAAAAAACAUCUACCUAAUACAAUGCCAAUACGUUAUAUUGCCUGACUAUUUGUCGCUUAUUUUAAUUUGAAAGAGUGCCGAGUUAAGGCAUUUGAGGAUAGAAGAGCAUUUGAGGAUAGAAGAGCAUUUUCUUGCGUUGUUGAUGGAUUUAGGCUGGGGUGAUGUAAAUACCCUGGAAAAUUGCAUCACUAAUAAAACAGAUCCAUUGUUUUGUAUUCUUGGAUUUGAUCAUAAUGCAUUGAGUUAAAACAGAUUAUAUGUAGCAUUAAAUCCUUCUUCAGAAUCUUUAUUGAUUAUUUAACCUCUUUUUUUCGACCCUUCUAUUGAAAAAGAGGGCUUGUAAAACAUGUAUAACAUCCUCCGUUUAUAUAAGUGCCGAAAGGUUUUGAUUGUUGAACAAUUCCUUUUAGAUAAGAAUUUCUUUAGGCCUUUAUUAUAACCUAUUGAUUUAUGAGGCUCUGCUUCUUGUUUCUUUUCUUGUGUAACGUCUCGGGCUGGUAGACUGAAUGCCCCCACUUUACUAAUUAUAAUCCUGUGUCAGCAUUAAUCAGUUGUGGUAUGGUAGUAAAAGAAUCGAGUCAAUUAACCGAUUUCUUGGCACGGCACAGAUACCUGCCGUAUAAACUUUGGUUUAUCAUGAUGAAGAAUGUAUAGGCCUAUACAUAAUAAAUAUAUGCAAACAAUAAGGCACUUUUGUCUCUAGUAAAGACGUGGAUCAGAAUAUGAAUCAGAGUGAAGAGAUACUAUAAAGAUAUUGUAUCCACAAAUAUGCUUCUAAAUGUAAUCUGGCUUUUCAAUAUGACCAUACAACAUGUGGUAAUCCCAUGACGUUGAAAUAAACUAUUAGUGUUUUUCCGACGUGAACUACUUCACAAGUGUUUUUAUCACACUUGCAGAGAGACAGGAGGCACUGGAGUUUUAAGGACUCCUUGGAUAUCCUGUAUGCAAUCAGAUGACUCAUAAAGGAAAUAAAAGAAAUUGUCCCAGGACAGUACAUUAAUGCCAAGCAAAUAAUAGGAAUUGUUAGCUAGUAUAACAACAGGAAGGGCAAACCCAGAGUGAUGGUUACAACUGUGGCAGAAUCAUUUCUGAUUGCCCCCUGGUGAAAAAUAAAGACUUAAUGCAAUUCAAUUGUUUUUGUUUAUGUGAGUGCGUAGCUACAGCUAUUUGACUACUAUACAUGCUAGACAUCUGCUUUAAGCAGUGUAGGGCUGCUUGACGUCAUUGUUCAUUUUGUGUUGCCUUCUGCUGAAGUAUGACACAUUAAUCCUCACGUUGGCUGGGAAUGUGUUCAUGGUGACGUGAAUCUAGUAGAUGCUGGUAGACGCAAGCUAACACAUGUUCACUCUUCUCAAACAAAUAAAUGGUAGAAUAUUUAACCAUUGUACCAUCCAUAGUCUAUAAGGAAGUUGGAGAUGUGUCAAUUGUGGUUUUCAGGGCAAUGUGUCAAUUAUACAUUUAUGUUAACAUUGUCAAUACAGUGGAUAGGCCUACAGAUAGGCUUCAAUGUCCAUAUAGCAGUUGCAGAAAAUGAAAUUAGUAUUUGGAGAAAAAGACUGAUAAUGUAAAUGGAGUCGAUCCCAUUUGGGAGCAUUUCAGACUCUCCCCAACGGAGAUGAAAGAAUGCCAUGCAGUCAAUGAUUGCUGGGAGAAUUGAACCGUGUCACCAACGGAGACAAAAGGAUCUUUUAUCUCAGCGGGGCUUCAAUAAGGUUACCCUCGAGAUGCAGUGUCACAUGUACAGAGCCUGAAUUCCAUCCACUCAGUGCUGCUAUCUGGCACAGAUAACAGCACAGCUUUUUACUUUUACUUUAAACCACCUUCAGAGGACUACGGAGAGGAAGCCUGCUCUUCUAUACCCAAGGUUGGUGAGGCUGAUAUACCACACGCCAAAAUGGUGGCCCUGUCACUCAAGAUCUGCGUGCGCCAGUGCAACGUGGUGAAAACCAUGCAGUUCGAGCCGUCCACGCCCGUGUAUGACGCCUGCAGGAUCAUCAGAGAGAGGGUUCCGGAAGCGCAGAGCGGACAAGCCUCUGACUACGGCCUCUUCCUGUCCGACGAAGACCCGAGGAAAGGAAUCUGGUUGGAGUCGGGCCGGACCUUGGACUACUACAUGCUCCGAAACGGGGAUGUUCUGGAGUACAAGAAGAAGCAGAGGCCCCAGAAGAUCAAGAUGCUGGACGGCGCGGUGAAGACCAUCAUGGUGGACGACUCGAAGACAGUGGGGGAGCUGCUUGUCACCAUAUGCAGCCGGAUCGGAAUCACUAACUACGAGGAGUACUCGGUCAUCCAGGAGCUGACGGAGGAGAAGAAGGAGGAGGGCACGGGCACACUGAAGAAGGACCGCACUCUGCUCCGCGACGAGAGGAAGAUGGAGAAGCUGAAGGCCAAGCUCCACACGGACGAUGACCUGAACUGGUUGGACCACAGCAGGACCUUCAGAGAGCAAGGUGUGGAGGAGAGCGAGACACUUCUGCUCAGGAGGAAGUUCUUCUACUCAGACCAGAACGUGGACUCCCGGGAUCCGGUCCAGCUCAACCUGCUCUACGUACAGGCCAGGGAUGACAUACUCAACGGCUCCCACCCCGUGUCCUUCGAUAAGGCCUGCGAGUUUGCCGGCAUCCAGGCUUACAUCCAGUUCGGGCCCCAUGUGGAACACAAACAUAAGCCAGGAUUCCUGGACCUGAAGGAGUUCCUACCCAAAGAGUACAUUAAGCAGAGGGGAUCAGAGAAGAAAAUAUUCCAAGAUCAUAAGAACUGUGGGGAAAUGACGGAGAUCGAGGCCAAGGUCAAGUACGUCAAGCUGGCCCGGUCCCUGCCAACCUACGGAGUGUCCUUCUUCCUGGUCAAGGAGAAGAUGAAGAGCAAGAACAAGCUGGUUCCCCGGCUGCUUGGCAUCACCAAGGAGUCGGUGAUGCGGGUGGAGGAGAAGACCAAGGACGUGGUGCAGGAGUGGCCCCUCACCACCGUCAAGAGAUGGGCCGCCUCGCCCAAGAGCUUCACCCUGGAUUUUGGGGAGUACCAGGAGAGUUACUACUCGGUUCAGACCACAGAGGGAGAGCAGAUAUCUCAGCUAAUCGCCGGAUACAUCGACAUCAUCCUCAAAAAGAAGCAGAGCAAGGAUCGCUUUGGCCUUGAGGGGGAUGAGGAGUCCACCAUGCUGGAGGAGUCGGUCUCUCCAAAGAAGUCCACCAUCCUGCAGCAGCAGUUCAACCGCGUGGGCCACGUGGAGCACGGCUCGGUGGCGCUGCCCGGCAUCAUCCGGUCCGGCUCGGUCGGCGGGCCGGAGAACUUCAACCUGGGCUCCAUGCCCUCGGGCCAGCAGCAGAUCACCACGGGCCAGAUGCACCGGGGCCACAUGCCCCCUCUGAGCUUGGCCCAGCAGGCCUUGAUGGGGACCAUCAACAGCAGCAUGCACGCAGUGCAGCAGGCUCAGUCUGACCUGGGCCACGUGGGAGACCUGCCCCCGCUCGGUCACGACCUGGCGUCCAGGGUUUGGGUGCAGAACAAAGUGGAUGAAUCCAAACACGAAAUCCACUCUCAAGUCGAUGCCAUCACCGCCGGCACAGCGUCCGUCGUCAAUCUCACCGCAGGAGAGCCGGCCGAGACGGACUUCUCCGCGGUGGGCUGCGCCAUCACCACCAUCUCCUCCAACCUGACGGAAAUGUCCAAGGGCGUCAGGCUGCUGGCGGCGCUGAUGGACGACGAGGUGGGCAGCGGGCACAAGUUGAUGGGCGCUGCCAGGACUCUGGCGGGGGCCGUGUCAGAUCUGCUCAGGUCUGUGGAGCCCGCCGCCGCAGAGCCCAGACAGACGGUGCUGAGCGCAGCCGGAAGCAUCGGCCAGGCCAGCGGGGACCUGCUCCGCCACAUGGGGGAGGGCGAGACCGACGAGAGGUUCCAGGACAUCCUGAUGAACCUGGCCAAGGCGGUGGCCAACGCGGCCGCCAUGUUGGUGCUGAAGGCCAAGAACGUGGCGCAGGUGGCGGAGGACACGGUGCUGCAGAACCGCGUGAUCGCGGCUGCCACGCGCUGCGCCCUGUCCACCUCCCAGCUGGUGGCCUGCACCAAGGUCGUGAGCCCCACCAUCAGCUCCCCCGUGUGCCAGGAGCAGCUGGUAGAGGCGGGCAAGCUGGUGGAGCGCUCAGUGGAGACGUGCGUGCGGGCGUGCCGCACGGCCUCGGAGGACGGCGGCGGUGGCGGCGGGGAGCUGCUGGCCCAGGUGGGCGGGGCGGCGGGCACGGUCAGCCAGGCACUGGGCGACCUGCUGCAGCACGUCCGGCGCUACGCCAGCCGCGGCGAGCCCAUCGGCCGCUACGACCAGGCCACCGACACCAUCAUGAACGUGACGGAGAACAUCUUCACCUCCAUGGGCGACGCCGGGGAGAUGGUGCGUCAGGCCCGGGUGCUGGCCCAGGCGACCUCUGACCUGGUGAACGCCAUGCGGUCGGACGCGGAGGCGGAGGUGGACGUCGACAACUCAAAGAAGCUGCUGGCCGCCGCCAAGCUGCUGGCGGACGCCACAGCGCGCAUGGUGGAGGCGGCCAAGGGGGCGGCGGCCUACCCGGACAACGAGGACCAGCAGCAGCGUCUGCGGGAGGCGGCGGAGGGGCUGCGCGUGGCCACCAACGCCGCCGCGCAGAACGCCAUCAAGAAGAAGCUCAUCAACAGACUGGAGAUAGCGUCCAAGCAGGCGGCCGCAGCCGCGACCCAGACCAUCGCAGCUGCUCAGAACGCCGCGGCGUCCAACAAAAACACUGCGUCCCACCAGCAGCUAGUGCACAGCUGCAAGUUGGUCGCAGACUGCAUCCCCCAGCUGGUCCAGGGGAUGAGGAGUAGCCAGGCCCAGCCGGACGAGCUCAGUGCCCAGCUUGCCCUCAUUAUGGCCAGCCAGAGCUUCCUGCAGCCCUGCAGCAAGAUGGUGACAUCUGCCAAGGCGGCGGUUCCCACGGUGACGGACCAGGCCGCCGCAAUGCAACUGGGCCAGUGUUCCAAGAACCUGGCCACCUGCCUGGCUGAACUCAGGACCGCCACCCAGAAGGCCCAUGAAGCGUGCGGGCCCUUGGAGAUCGACUCGGCCCUGAAGACGGUCCACACCCUCCGGAGCGAGCUGCAGGACGCCAAGAUGUCGGUCAUCGACGGGCAGCUGAGGCCCCUCCCCGGGGAGUCGCUGGGGAAGUGUGCCCAGGACCUGGGCAGCACCUCCAAGGCGGUGGGCUCCUCUAUGGCCCAGCUGCUCACCUGCGCCGCGCAGGGCAACGAACACUACACAGGGGUAGCGGCCAGGGAGACGGCCCAGGCGCUGCGGACGCUGGCCCAGGCGGCCCGCGGUGUGGCGGCCAGCACCAUGGAGCCCCAGGCCUCGGCCGCCAUGCUGGACUCGGCCCAGUGUGUGAUGGAGGGCUCGGCCAUGCUGAUCCACGAGGCCCACCAGGCCCUGCUGCACCCGGGGGACGCCGAGAGCCAGCAGAGACUGGCGCAGGUGGCCAAGGCUGUGUCCCACUCCCUGAAUAACUGUGUGAACUGCCUGCCGGGCCAGAAGGACGUGGACAUGGCCCUGCGGAGCAUCGGGGAGGCCAGCAAGAAGCUGCUGGUGGACACGCUACCCUCCUGCGGGAAGUCGUACCAGGAGGCCCAGACGGAGCUGAACCACACGGCGGCCGAGCUGAACCACUCGGCGGGGGAGGUGGUGCACUCCUCGCGGGGCACCAGCAGCCAGCUGGCCAUGGCCUCGGGGAAGUUCAGCCAGGACUUUGACGAGUUCCUGGACGCCGGCAUCGAGAUGGCGGGCCACACUCAGAGUUGCGACGAUCAGAUCCAAGUCAUCGGUAAUCUGAAGAACAUCUCCAUGGCGUCCAGUAAGCUGCUCCUGGCCGCCAAGUCUCUGUCCGUGGACCCCGGCGCCGCCAACGCCAAGAACCUCCUCGCCGUGGCCGCCAGGGCAGUGACAGAGAGCAUCAACCAGCUGAUAACACUGUGCACACAGCAGGCCACUGGACAGAAGGAGUGUGACAACGCCUUGAGGGAGUUGGAGGCCGUGCGAGGGCUACUCGACAACCCUAACGAGCCGGUGAACGAGCUCUCCUACUUUGACUGCAUCGAGAGCGUCAUGGAGAACUCCAAGGUCCUUGGGGAGUCCAUGGCCGGCAUCUCUCAGCACUGCAAGACGGGCGACGUGGCCGCCUUCGGGGAGAGCGUGGGCGUCGCCUCCAAGGCCCUGUGCGGGCUGACGGAGGCUGCCGGACAGGCCUCGUAUCUGGUGGGCGUCUCGGACACCAACAGCCUCUCCGGCCAGGUGGGCCUGGUGGAUCCCAUUCAGUUUGCGCGGGCCAACCAGGCCAUACAGAUGGCCUGUCAGAACCUGGUGGACCCAGCCAGCAGUCCCUCGCAGGUCCUGUCUUCAGCGACCAUCGUGGCCAAGCACACCUCUGCCCUCUGCAACGCCUGCCGCCUGGCCUCCUCCAAGACCUCCAACCCGGUGGCGCGGAGGCAGUUCGUCCAGUCGGCCAAGGAGGUGGCCAACACCACCGCCAACCUGGUCAAGACCAUCAAGGCCCUAGACGGUGACUUCUCAGAGGAGAACCGGAACAAGUGCCACGUGGCCACCAGCCCCCUCAUCCAGGCCGUGGAGAACCUCUCCACCUUCGCCAACAACCCAGAGUUCGCUAGCAUUCCUGCUCAGAUCAGCCACGAGGGGUCCGCGGCUCAGGAGCCCAUCGUGCGCUCGGCCCGGUGCAUGCUCGACAGCUCCACCUACCUGCUGGAGACCGCCCGCUCAUUGGUCCUUAACCCCAAGGACCCGCCGACCUGGUCGGUGCUGGCGGGCCACUCCCGGACGGUGUCCGAUUCCAUCAAGAGUCUGAUCACCUCCAUCAGGGACAAAGCACCGGGUCAGAGGCAGUGCGACUACUCCAUCGACAACAUCAACAAGUGCAUCCGGGACAUCGAGCACGCCUCGCUGGCCGCCGUGGACCUGACCCUGCCCUGCCGUGACGACAUCUCCAUGGAGGCCCUCCAGGACCAGCUGACCUCCUCGGUGCAGGAGAUCGGCUACCUCAUCGACCCCGUGUCCACCUCGGCCCGCGGGGAGGCGGCCCAGCUGGGACACAAGGUGACCCGUCUGGCCAGCUACUUUGAGCCUCUGAUCGUGGCCUCUGUGGGCCUGGCCUCCAAGCUGCUGGACCAGCAGCAGCAGAUGACCAUCCUGGACCAGAGCAAGACCCUGUCCGAGUCGGCCCUGCAGAUGCUCUACGCUGCCAAAGAAGGGGGCGGGAACCCCAAGGCGGCGCACACCCACGACGCCAUCUCGGAGGCGGCCCAGCUGAUGAAGGAGGCGGUGGAGGACCUCAUGGUGACGCUGAACGAGGCGGCCAGCGAGGGCGGGAUGGUGGGCGGCAUGGUGGAGGCCAUCACCGAGUCCAUGUACAGGUUGGACGAAGGAACCCCCCCAGACCCGCGCGGCUCCUUCGUGGACUACCAGACCACCAUGGUGAAGUUCUCCAAGGCCAUCGCCAUCACCGCCCAAGAGAUGAUGACCAAGUCGGUGGCGUGCACGGAGGAACUGGGUGGCCUGGCGUCCCAGGUGACCGGGGAGUACGGACAGCUGGCGCAGCAAGGCCGCCUGGCAGCUGCCACCGCCGAGCCAGAGGAGGUGGGGUUCCAGAUAAAGACCCGGGUGCAGGAGCUGGGCCAUGGCUGCAUCCACCUGGUCCAGAAGGCAGGCGCCCUGCAGGUCAGCCCCACGGACAGCUUCUCCAAGAAGGAGCUCAUCGAUUGUGCCCGCGCCGUCACCGAGAAGGUGUCCCUGGUCCUGUCCGCGCUGCAGGCGGGGAACAGGGGCACGCAGGCCUGCAUCACGGCCGCCAGCGCCGUGUCGGGCAUCAUCGCCGACCUGGACACCACCAUCAUGUUCGCCUCGGCCGGCACGCUGAACCCCGAGGACGACGAGUGCUUCGCCGACCACAGGGAAAGCAUCCUGAAGACGGCCAAGGCCCUGGUGGAAGACACCAAGCUGCUGGUGGCGGGCGCGGCCUCCAGCCAGGACCGGCUGGCCCAGGCCGCCCAGUCCUCCGCCCAGACCAUCACCCAGCUCACCGAGGUGGUCAAACUGGGAGCCACCAGCAUGGGCUCUGACGACCCAGAGACACAGGUGGUUCUGAUCAACGCCGUACGCGACGUGGCCAAGGCGCUCGCCGAGCUCAUCAGCGCCACCAAGUGUGCGGCGGGGAAGCCAGCCGACGACCCAUCCAUGUACCAGCUGAAGAGCGCCGCCAAGGUCAUGGUCACCAACGUGACGUCGCUGCUGAAGACGGUGAAGGCGGUGGAGGACGAAGCGACCCGCGGCACGCGCGCUCUGGAGGCCACCAUCGAGUGCAUCAAGCAGGAGCUGACGGUGUUCCAGUCCAAGGCGGUCCCGGACAAGUCCACCACGCCUGAGGAGUUCAUCCGCAUGACCAAGGGCAUCACCAAGGCAACGGCCAAGGCCGUGGCGGCGGGGAACUCCACCCAGCAGGAGGACGUGAUCGCCACCGCCAACCUCAGCCGCAAAGUCGUCUCCGACAUGCUGGCCACCUGCAAGCAGGCGGCGUGCCACAGCGAGGUGAGCGAGGAGGUGAGGCACCAGGCCCUGCAGUACGGCUCAGAGUGCACCCUGGGGUACAUAGACCUGCUGGAGCAGGUGCUGCAGGUUCUCCAGCGGCCGACUGGAGAGCAGAAGCAGCAGCUGGUGGUGCACUCCAAGCGGGUGGCAGCGUGUGUGACGGAGCUCAUCCAGACAGCGGAGGCAAUGAAGGGCUCCGAGUGGGUGGACCCCGAGGACCCAACCGUCAUCGCAGAGACGGAGCUGCUUGGCGCCGCGGCGUCCAUCGAGGCGGCCGCCAAGAAGCUGGAGCAGCUCAAGCCACGGGCCAAGCCCAAGCAGGCGGACGAGAGCCUGGACUUCGAGGAGCAGAUCGUGGAGGCGGCCAAGUCCAUCGCCGCGGCGACCAGCGCCCUGGUCAAGUCUGCGUCGGCAGCUCAGAGGGAACUGGUGGCGCAGGGAAAGGUCGGCUCCAACCUGGCCAACGCAGUGGACGACGGCCAGUGGUCGCAGGGCCUCAUCUCUGCCGCCCGCAUGGUGGCGGCGGCCACCAGCAACCUGUGCGAGGCGGCCAACGCGUCGGUGCAGGGCCACGCCAGCGAGGAGAAGCUCAUCUCCUCGGCCAAGCAGGUGGCGGCGUCCACCGCCCAGCUGCUGGUGGCCUGCAAGGUGCGGGCCGACCAGGACUCAGAGGCCAUGAGGAGACUGCAGGGUGCAGGCAACGCUGUGAAGCGAGCGUCUGACAACCUGGUGAAGGCGGCCCAGAAGGCGGCCUUCGACAAGGCGGACGACGCCAACGUGGUGGUGAAGACCCGGUUUGUCGGUGGCAUCGCCCAGAUCAUCGCCGCCCAGGAGGAGAUGCUGAGGAAGGAGCGGGAGCUGGACGAGGCGCGCAAGAAGCUGGCCCAGAUCAGACAGCAGCAGUACAAGUUCCUGCCCAGCGAGCUGAGGGAGGACCACAGCUGAUUGGCUGCCCAGGGCCCCGCCCACAGCCUGUUGGAUGGAACCCGUCGGGAGCACAGAGUACCGCUGGCCAGCGCCAAGUCGGUCUCCACUCCCAAAUAAUUAUAAUUAAGGAAUAUAUAGGACUUGAAACAGGCCUGUUUGAAAAGUAAAAGUGCCUGUGCUCUAUAUUAUGUAUGUGUGUGUGCGUGUGUGUCUGUGUGUGUGUAUGUGUGUGUGUGUACCCGUGACUGAAUGGGAGUUGGCUUUCAAACAAAACAACAAAAAAAAAUCCUGGUUGUUUGUGUACUUACUAUAAGAAAAGUUAAGACGAUGUAUCUAAAAAAUAUAUAUCGUACUCUUACCACUCGCCACUUGUUCCUGAGCGGAGAGAGUCUAAAGCAAUCCUGGACCUCGCUGGGGGAUGCUGGGGGAACUGGACCGGGGAGGAGAGGGGGCUGCUCUGCGUCUCCACAUGGGACGGUGAUUCGGGGGGCCAUGGGUUCAGCCCCGCCCUCCACAGGCAGCCAUCUCCACGGCCCAUCCCACGGCGGGACCCCAUCGCCCCGUGUUACCAUCCGCCCGCAGCGACCAGCGACGGUCCUCCUAUAUACAUAUCAUUUCAGCUACCGACCAAUAGAGUAGCAGGACAGGAACGGCACUUGUACUUUACUAACACGAAGAUGAACUCGGGUCUCCGCGCUCUUAAUGUGAAGGAGGAGUUGGUGAGAAUGGUUCUGAACGCUUCCGCUCAACUCGCUGGCGGUGUGGCUCUGGUCCGACGUGGUGGACAACAAAAAAAUACACGAACAGCGGGAUGGUCAUCUCUAGGGUCGCUGUUUGUCGAGCGAGACUCAACUCUCAAUAAUAAUAAUAAUAUAUUUUUUAUUUCUCACAUCUGUCUGAAGAAAAUGCUGGUGCUUAAAAAGUGAACAGGUCACACUAUGUUGCUUUCGAUAACAAAAAAAAGAAAAAGUGUUUGUCAUGCUGCUUAUGAACUUGAACCCCACCCCCCAC